GAUUUGUGCAGAGGCUACCAGAGAGGGACUUCCGCCAGGAGUUAUGUACCGCGUGAGGGCGACUUACAGGUACCAGAAGGAAGAUGUUGACGAGUUGUCGUUCGACGUGGGCGAGAUCAUUCAAGUUAUUGAAUUUGAUGAUACUGAGGACCAGGAAGAAGGUUGGUUGAUGGGAGUCAAGGAGAGCACUGGUGAGAAGGGCCUGUUCCCUGCCAACUUCACCCGUCCAAUUUAGUUGGCUGCGAAUGAAGCGGAAGCAAAACCUAUAACAUCCUCUUGUAAAUAUACUCCAUGAGAAGCCUGCCAUACCUUUGACAAGAAGCGAGAGAGAGAAAGAGGGAGAUGAAAAAAACUCGAGAGAGCAAAAUUUAUUGCGAAGAAUUGACGACCAAUUUUUGCUUCUUCCGCUCGCUCGUCAAACGCCGCUCUCCCGUUUGCGUUUUUUUUUUCGCGAGCAACCAGAACAUCAAUUCACUUGUUUUUUUCCUUCCUUCCUCGGAUUACGCGAAGGAGGAAAAGCCUGAUUGAAUACUCAACAAAAAAACAAAAACAAAACACCAUUGUCUUCUCAUCGCCUCAGAUCAUGGGUUGUGAGAUGAAAGAAUGGGAUUUUUUGUUUUCUUUUAUUGUAGUCUACGUGGUGCUAAAUGACAAUCCAUGACUAUAUGCGAUGUGGGAGGAAAUUUUAGCUUGGAAGAAGAAAGAAAGGCUCGAAUGUAGUUGUAUUCAGUUCAACAAAAUUUCUGUUGGAACCUUUUUUCGAAAAAAAAAUGAGUCUUGGUAUAUCUUAUCUUGAGAGGCUUAAUGCUAAGUUUUUCUUUGUUUUUUUUUCUGCCUUGGAAUGUGUGCGUGCAAACGUAUCCAUCUUUUAUUUCACGCGUGUUUCACUGUUUGUUCCGGCCUAAUUUUUCUAUUUCGAGUCGUGCAAUAAUCGUGUAAAAAGGUUUUUUUUUGUUGUGCCUCGGGAUUUUACGUUUGUCCUGGUAACAUGUAUAUGCGGAAAAUUUUAUUUCAUUUUUUUUUUCGUGCGAAUGGUUUGAACGGAUUUGUGGUUUUAGCAGGGAUUGUGAUUGUGAAUGAUUGUCCAACAAUAUGCUCAGCGAACAACCUGUGUUUGUAUUCGGGAUGCCUCAGCGUUUGUGUCGAAGCUUGUCCGACUUUUGUUCUUCCUAUCGUAUAUUUCGACAUUUUUUUCGUGAUUUGAAAAAAGAAAGGAGUGUAAAUCCAAGAUGGACGACGGAUUUGAAGAAUCAUUUUGGAGCAGCGACGAUAUCGGCAUUCUAUCAUAGUCCGACGCAUCAUAUACGUAAUUUAAUAUCCGACAGGAAACUUCAGGCUUUUCUUCGUUUGAAACUGAUUUAAAAUACUAGUAAUCUUUUACAUUUCUAUUCUCGGUAUUCUGUCGAAAGAUAAUGGAUAAUUGCCUACGUGUUCAAUUAAUGUUUAAGCAUUGCAUUUUAUCGUGAACCAGAAAUUUUUUUGAAUUCCUGUGCUAGAAAGUAUUUUUCUUAACUUUGACUUUUGUUUCACUCAGCCGUCUUUCGAUCUAAAAAAAAAUGUUUCAACUGUUGGUUGAAAAAUUAUGCUUGAACCAGCUUUCUAGCCGAAUAACUGUUCUUCAAUUUGCAAGUUCAGUGUAAGUGAUUCCCUGUAAGUACCAGUGCACAGAAAUUUAAUUGCAGGUCUAUUGGAGUCCCUGUAUAUUUCUUUUUAAUUCUUGUAACGUUUUGUUUAUAUUUUUAAUAUCCACAAAAGUGGCUUACAUGAAAACUUACUUGAUUUACCUGAGUACCAUGCACCCUUGAGUAAAAUGUUCACUUCCUAUCUUAAGCCAAAAUUGUGACAAAAAAACCUGUCCUCAAGUUAGAUGUGCAGUCCAUUUUGUGAUUACUUAAAAAAUGAAUCUAUCGACAUUUGAACUGAUUCAAUUUUAUUCAGAUUUUCAAGUAUUGCUUCGACGAGUGACUCUGAUGUGAUGUCCACCAAAUGAUGAACACCAUCUUUAUUUCUAAUGAAAAUUUGUUUUUAAUUGUGCAAGGUAUGCAAGUAAAUAUUUCAAGUCGAGAACUUUUGUUCUAGGCUAUAAUUUUUGAAGUUUCUUCCCUAGUUUAUUGCUUCCUGUUUCAUUUCUGCAGCUGGCUUGGUAAUGUACUGGACUAUGAAUGGAAUGUGAUGUCUUCUAUAGGCACUGCUUAAAUAGGUGGGCCUUUUUUUCUCUUCCUGAAAGGUUUGUCGAAGCCUGAGGCGAGUUUCGUUUUUUUUUUUUUUUUUUGCGGUUCAAAUCGUUUGUAGAAUCCCCAGGAUUUAUUAUGCUUGACAGUGACAAUUUUCUUUUUUUUUUGUUGCGAGUAUCGGUAUUGGUGUGUGUUACCCUUCUCUGCCGUGUUGCGCUUGGGUUGUACUGUAAUUUUUGAGGCAGCGACGAGGCUGACAUAAGCUGGGGCGAAUUGGCUAUCACACACCUGGGGGAAAACACUUGUGAUUCCGGAAAUGCCUUUGCUCUCUUUGAUAUGAAAAAAGAAAAAUAUUAGAAAGGAAAAAAGUCGCUCAUCAUUAUGCCGCCGUGGUUCCAUCACAGAGAGUCGAAAGCGAACGGGCUUAUUUUACUACCAAGCCCCCUCUCCCAUAUUUGUGCCAGAGGAGGAGGAUUUUGAUGUCCUAGAUGAAAGAAAUUCUUGUAGUCAUGUGCGGGAUGGGAGGAGACGGGAGUAUUUUUAACCGGGAAGAAGAAAAGAUUAUGAAUGUGUCGGUUUUUUUCCGCCCAUACUAUGUUAUGGUACUGUUAUACGCUGGUGGACUUCUUUUUUCUUCUUUUUUUUUUUUUUGUGGCGAGAGGCGGAAGGGUGAAGAACCAGCGCGUCUUCUGCUGUAGACUCCGUCUUAUCAUUGUGGAAGUGCCUUUUAUUUACUUUUGAUUUUUCUUUUUUUUUUUCUUCAUGCUGGUGGAACGUGGUGAAAUUUUGACUGCUGGCAGCAAUGAAGAUGUUGUUGUGAGCAACCUUAAAAUAA